GCCCAGGUGCGACGGCGUCAAUCGCGCGCUGCUUGAUCAUCAGCCACCCGCGCCAUGCGAGCCCCUUUCGCUGCUCUUUGGUGGACCUUCUCGCCAGCGGUCUUCAACGGGAAUAAGGACUGUCAGAGCAUCUUGAAACAACAGAAGCAGAGAGGAGAACACUGCGAAGACAAUUGCGCGUGGGCGUCCUCUCACAAGACGUGCCUGGCUUCCCUCCGACCAAAGGAAGUGCCAUUUCCGUCUGGUGGGAAGUCAUCGAUUCAUCACUCAUUCUGGACAGCAAGCGACGUGUGGGCUGCCCCCUGUCAGCGUCCGCCUCUAUUGUCUGACGAGUUGAGUCUCGUUGAGCACGCAGGCGGCCGCCACACGUAGCAAUUACAGGGGCCGUAUUCAACGACAUCAACAUCGUGCGUAGAUCAUCAUCUCCCGCAGACCAUUCGCAAGAGGUGGUUGCUAUGCAACAUGCAGUACUUAGAGCAGGUUUCAUGUCAAUUGAUUACUAGGAUGACUAGCUCGAGGAUGACGGUCGAAUCGUUCGGAUUUCGUCAAAUUGGGCAUCGCGUCACCGAUACUGGACGCCUCGUGGGCCGCUUAGUGCGUUUGUAG